CUGUGCCGGGACAGGGGGGCACUGCAGGGUAGCUGUGCCGGGACAGGGGCGCAGUUUGUGUCGCGGAGUAGCCGUGCAGCGCAGGCUGCCUGGGGGUGCGGGGGUAGGUGUGCCUGGCGCUGGGGAAGGGGCGGGCAGGACCGAGCCACGCCGUGCGGUGGCGGAGGAGGCGGCGGCGCUGGGCAGCCUGCGGGCGGGGGCAGGAGCGCAGCUCAGCAGCCGCCGGUCGGGUCGGGUCGGGUCGGUGGGGCCGUGCAGAGCCGAGCUGCGCCGCGCCGCUGGGACCAUGCCAUCCUACACGGUCACUGUGGCCACGGGCAGCCAGUGGUUCGCGGGCACCGACGACUACGUCUACCUGAGCCUGGAGGGCACGGCGGGCUGCAGCGAGAGGCACCUCCUGGACAAACCCUUCUACAACGACUUCGAGCGCGGCGCGGUUGACUCCUACGAUGUGACUGUGGAAGAAGACCUUGGAGAAAUUCAGCUAAUAAAAAUUGAGAAACGAAAAUAUUGGUACCAGGAUGACUGGUACCUUAAGUAUAUCACUGUAAAAACACCAGUGGGUGACUAUUUGGAGUUCCCAUGUUACCGUUGGAUUACAGAUGAAAAAGAGAUUGUCCUUCGAGAUGGAAGAGCAAAGCUCCCCCGGGAUGACAAGACCCAGAUUCUCAAGCAGCACAGACGCAAAGAGCUCGAGACCCGUCAAAAAAUGUAUCGCUGGAAGGAGUGGCAUCCGGGCUUCCCACUGAGCAUCGAUGCCCAUUCACACAGUGAUCUGCCUCGUGACAUCCAGUUUGACAAUGAGAAAGGAAUUGACUUCAUUCUGAACUACUCUAAAGCGAUGGAGAACCUUUAUGUCAACCGUUUCAUGCACAUGUUCCAGUCCUCCUGGAGUGAUUUUGCAGAUUUUGAGAGGAUCUUUGUCAGAAUCAGCAACACAAUUUCAGAAUAUGUGAUGCAGCACUGGAAGGAAGAUUUUAUGUUUGGCUACCAGUUCCUGAAUGGAUGCAAUCCUGUGCUGAUCCGGAGAUGCACAGAGAUACCCAAGAAGUUGCCCGUGACUAUGGAUAUGGUAGAAUGCAGUCUGGAGAGGAACUUGACCCUGGAGGAGGAAGUGAAGCAAGGAAACAUUUUCAUUGUGGACUACGAGCUGCUAGAUGGUGUAGAUGCCAAUAAAACGGACCCGUGCACAGUACAGUACUUGGCUGCACCCAUCUGUCUGUUGUAUAAGAAUCUGGAGAAUAAAAUUGUACCCAUUGCAAUUCAGCUUGGUCAAAAACCUGGGCCAGAGAAUCCCAUAUUCCUUCCUUCAGAUGCCACAUAUGACUGGCUGCUAGCUAAAAUUUGGGUUCGUUCAUCUGAUUUCCACAUCCACCAGACAGUGACCCAUCUGUUACGGACACACUUAGUCUCAGAGGUGUUCAGCGUAGCUAUGUUCCGGCAGCUGCCUGCUGUACAUCCCCUCUUCAAGCUCUUGGUGCCACACAUGCGGUUCACAAUAGCCAUCAAUACCAAAGCCCGAGAACAGCUUAUCUGUGAAUGUGGCCUUUUUGACAAGGCAAAUGCUACAGGUGGAGGAGGACAUGUACAAAUGGUGCAGAAAGCAAUGAAAGAUCUGACUUAUGGCUCCCUCUGCUUCCCUGAGGAGAUCAAAGCUAAAGGGAUGGACAGCAAGGAAGAUAUCCCCUACUACUAUUACCGGGAUGAUGGCAUUAAAGUCUGGGAGGCUAUAAAGAGUUUUGCAGAGGAUGUGAUUCACAUUUACUAUGAGAGUGAUGAGGUGGUGUGUGAGGAUGUGGAGCUCCAGGCCUUCGUCAAAGACAUAUACGUCUAUGGGAUGAGGGGUGUGAAAGCCUCAGGGUUUCCUAAGAUGAUCAGAACACGAGAGAAGCUAACAGAAUAUCUCACUGUGAUAAUAUUCACCACAUCGGCCCAGCAUGCAGCUGUGAAUUUUGGUCAGUAUGACUGGUGUUCCUGGAUUCCCAAUGCCCCACCAACAAUGCGCUGCCCUCCUCCAACGGAAAAGGGGACAGUCACCAUUGAGCAAAUUGUGGAGAGUCUGCCAGACAGGGGACGUUCUUGUUGGCAUCUUGGAGCUGUCUGGGCCUUGAGCCAAUUCCAAGAUAACGAACUGUUUCUGGGCAUGUACCCCGAUGAACACUUCGUGGAGAAGCCGGUGAAAGAGGCCAUGGCAAAAUUCCGCAAGAAUCUGGAUGAGAUUGUCAACACCAUCACUGAGCGCAACAAGAACAAAAAGCUUCCUUACUACUACCUUUCCCCAGAUCGCAUUCCCAACAGUGUUGCUGUUUGAGCAGGUAGUGAGGAGAGUCUGGAGGCAUGUAAAGCUAAUGAUGUUUUCCUGUUAUAUAUGCUUCUUUUCAAUGAACUUUCAGAAAUGGAUAAAAUAAGAAACCCACCCUCUCCAUCAGAGAUAACAUAUAGUCUAUUUGGGUUUUCAAAACAAAUUUGAUUAUGACUGAUAUUGCAGACAAAGUUUAGUUGACAACCCUCUAGGUCAAAUCUGUUGCAAGUUUAUUUUUCCAAGAUUUUUUAAUUGAUUUUAGAAUCAAUGUCCAUGUUCCUGUUAGCUUUCCCUCUCCUGGUCAAAACAAUAUAAUCACAGAUUCACUUAUCUUAUUCAAUGAGAAUAGUAUCACAAGCAAUAAGCAAGUCACAUCUUUGAAAUCCUUCCUAUUUUUAAUAGGUGGCACUGGUAACAUAUAAAAAUAUAAUCUUUAAAGUUUAUGCAUUCUUUUUAAUCUGAUUAAAACAAAUGUUAAGCAUUUUCACUACAACUGUGAAUGUCCUAAUCAGGAUGGAAGAUAGAAGCAGGACAAUUUCUUAACAUAGCUGAUGGGGUUUUAUGACUUACUGAGUUCAUGUGAAAUGAGAUAUCCUGCGUCACAGGACACGAAAAUUUUGUACCUACAUAAACCUAUAUAUUUUCUACAUAAAACUAGGAAAGAUUGUUUUAGCCUCUGCCAGCAGAUUUUGAUAUCAUUCAUAUGUACGGAGAAAUGUUUUGCUUAGCACAGCGGCAACAAGUACAGACCUAGCAGUGCUUAUGCUUGACUCCUGUUUCAUUGCUGUGGCUGCUGGUUUUUGUGGGUAGUUUCUUCUGCUUUGUGGGGGAUGAAGAGGUUACUUCAUAUAAUGAUAAAAGUUGUGGAGAAGGGUUAAUUGGUUCUAAGUGGAAUCUUUCAAUUUGGCCAAUUAAGCAUAAUUGGCAUGUUCCACCUUAGAAGCAACUGAAUUUUGUCUGUUUUGUUUAGAGGUGAUUAGGUUUGAGUACUUGGGCUUUGGUUAAAGUUGAGAAAGUCACUGAGGUAAUGAAAGCAAAAAUGAGGUUUGGGAAAUUUAAGAGUUGUAGUUUUGUUAAUAACAAUUUUGAUUUAUUUUUCCCAGAAUGUGUUCCUUGUACUAGCUUUUCACCAGCCUGCAGUGUGUUUUCUCAAUAGAUAAGAAAGCUUCUUGUGCUAAUGAAACAAACUGAACAAGAACAUCUAGUUUUUAUGUCUUAAGUCAAUAUCUAGUGCUUAAUGUCUCAAAACCCUUGUAGAAAUAAGCACAAUGCUGUGUAGAGAAAUGAAACUCCUUCACUUUGAUAAAUAAAGUUAUUUCUAUCAUUCA